UAUGCCUUUGGGUGUUUUAUACAUAUUUUAUCUUUAUUCAUUCUUUCUGAAUUUUUUUUCUUAUUUCUCCUCUUUUUCUCUCUUUCUUUUAUCUAUCAGUUGGUAUUUGUAUUCCCCAAAACGACAUCAGAAUGGUGCAUUUGCAAGAUAAUCCAUUUCAUGCUGAUUCGGUUGCAUCGCCCAACGCCAAAACAUCCUAUCAACGUCGCCGAUUUUACAAGUUAUCCAUCCGUGUGGCAUUGAUUUGUGUACUUUCAACCGUAUGUUACUUUGUGGGACGAAGUGUGCACUGGGACUCAUUCUCUGAAGUUUACGGGUUUGAUCCCAGAGAUGUCGAUUUUGUUCAGUACUUUUGUAACCAGCCUUUUAAUUUAGCUUCGGAUAAUGCGUACGAUCAGCUACAAGAAGAAGUAGAGCCAAUUGAACCCAUUGCGGUAGAACAUGCAAGAACCAGGUAUCUGAGACCCGAAACUCCAGCCGACACAUUCAUUCCAAAAGGCGUAUGGGACAACCUUCCAGUAAAAGGAGCAUACUACAUGGUAGUGCGAAACGAGAAACUACAAGAUGCAAGAGCAGUUAUCAAAAGUAUGGAAGAUCAUAUGGUCAAUGGUACACGGUACCCUUGGGUAAUCUUGAACAAUCAGCAUUUUACCAAAGAAUUUCGAACCUAUAUUAAAAAGGUAACAACAGCACCUGUCUUCUUUGGUAAAAUUGACUUGGAAGCAUGGGAGUAUCCACAUUGGAUUGAUGUUCCUCAAGCUGAAUACUUGAUGUUGAACCAAGAAAUGAAUAUGGUACACAAAGGAUCAAGUUUGUCGUAUCAUCAAAUGUUGAGGUACCACGCUGGUUUCUUUUUUCAUCAUCCUUUGCUACAGGAUGUUGAAUAUACAUGGCGUGUAGAGCCUGGAGCUGAUUACAGUUGUGAGAUGAAUGAUGAUAAGUUUUUGAAGAUGAAGGAAGACAAGAAGAAAUUAGGGUUUGUGCUUACUAUGCGAGAAGCAUCAGCUUCAAUUCCUACACUUUGGACACGGGUCAAUGAAUUUAGAGAAUUAUACCCACAACAUAUUUUACCACCAAAUACCACCAUAUACCCUUGGAUUUACGAUAUGGAAGAAGACUAUUACAAUUUCUGUCAUUUCUGGUCCAAUUUCCAGCUGGCGGAUUUAUCUUUUUUUCGAUCGGAAGCCUAUCAGAAAUAUUUUGAAUACCUUGACAGUACUGGUAACUUUUUUUACGAAAGGUGGAGUGAUGCUCCCGUCCAAACAAUUGCUGCAGCUCUCUUUUUGAAGAAGGAAGAAAUUCAGUUUUUCAACGAGAUUGGAUAUACCCACUCCAUUGCCACGCAUUGCCCAUACAGCGAGUCACUUUUGAGAAAAUGCAGCUGCGAUGUCACAACGAAUUAUGAUUUUUAUCAAGACAGUUGUACAAAAGAUUUAUUAAGGCUGAUUGAUCCUCAAACUGUUGUAGCCAUGACAAAAUUCGUCAAAUCAAAGAAAAUUGAAGUCCCAUCUCGUAUUGAAUCACCACCUUGAUAGACAAUAUGUCCUUUAUACAUAAAAAAAAAGAAACC